AUGAUUUCGUCAACUCAUGCUGUCUCUGAAAAAACAUACAAUCGGAGUUGUCAGGGAUAUACGAAACAUAAAAGAAAUCUUUCUGACGAGGACCUCUUUGAUCAUGAUAUCGCGAUAGCACUUAAAGAUGUAUGCAGCAACUGGGAUUACAUCGAAAUUCCUGUGACCUACAAUAAAAGCUUGCAUUGCUAUCUUGACUGGGCUAUAUUGAAUUAUUACUAUAACUAUGAUCCAAUCAAUCAUGACCCUAUCUAUUGGAUACCAUGGCUCCCCGGAUACGAACAAGAUUCCAAACUAGCUGCAAAGGAGUUUCGCCUUCAACGCGGGCUGGCCUUCUGUGAUGCGAAUUAUAAAAGCGCUGGCAAGCAAACCGAAUUCGAGGAUGCUUUGACGCAUGAAUAG